UUAUACUCAGUAAAUAAAUCACAAACUUCUCUGCUGUGAGUUCAAAAGCACGAAACUAACCAUGAUGACUCCAUUUUCAAUCAUCUCAACCUUUUCAUAUCUCAAUUUAUGUUUCUACCUACAGGCCUGUAGACUCACAUUGAUUAAGCCUCUCCGCGAAUGAACACAACUACAUGAACCAUAUCGAUUGGGAAACAGCAAGAAGACAGAUCCAAUGAAGAAUAUAUAACUUGAGGUUAUUACCUUCUUUUUUGGCGGAUAUCCUCAACAGAGACAAAAUCAAAGAACCAUACCAUUCGUUCCUAAGAAAUUGAUUCCAGAAUGUCUACUUCCCAGAAGGCCAAUCCCUUGAAAAGGGAAUUAAAAUACGACAAAUAUACAGAUACUUUGAACAUUGACUUUGAACUCCACGGGAGCUGGAGAACUGAUGCCAAAGAUGCUAUCUUCCAAGGUAUUCAGAAAUACCUAAAUACUAAGAGAAUCGUUUUCGAGAUCCACUUUGAGGAUCACAGUACCUUCACUACAAACGAGCAGACUACCAUCAGAAAUCGCAUCGAAGGGAUCUCUCGAAACAUCAAUCUUCUGGAGGUGGGUGCGCGCCAACGAAAGGGAUUAAAGGAUCAAAUUGAACAGGUCGAAGCAAUAUUCCAUAUGCCUAACUUCAGCACUCGGCAGCUCAAAUGUAGUUCUGGCUUUGGAGGUUUGAUACCAGAAUUGGUUCUCAAGUACACGUACAAGACUGAUAAUUAUGGGACUUGUUACGGAUGUGAGGCGGAUAGUGAAUGGGUGGACAUCGAACGGUAUAUCAACGACUUCGCAGCUGAGAAGAAACUGCCCAAUGAUGGAUGAAAGGAGUUGGUUGUUACGACGAUUAUCAACCUGAUGGUUGCAUAGAACUUCGGUCACAUGGUUUUGGAGUGGUAUUGAGAUAGAAGUGAAUAGGGUUAAUUUGGGGGGGGGGAGGGUGAAUGUCA